AUGUGGCCACCAACGGCAAACACUGUCACCGAUGCUUACCGGUUAUACAAUACGGGGAAAAAAAGGAAAGAAAACGUGUCGCUUGCAGGUGUUCCGGUGAGGCUGAGCGCCAGUGCUGAGGAAGUGGCCGGCUUCUACGCGCGCAUGCUCGAACGCGACUACACGUCCAAGGCAGCGUUCAACGAGAACUUCCUCCGCGACUGGAGAAAGUGCAUGAAUCGCAAGGAAGCGAAGCUCAUCACCGACCUGAGGAAAUGCGACUUCCGGGAGAUCAACGCGCACUACAAGACGAAGGCCGAGGAGCGGAAGGCGAUGACGAAGCAGCAGAAACAGGCGAUUAAACGCAAACGAGACAAACUGGAGCACGAGUACGGCUACUGCAUCGUUGACGGCCACAGACAGAAAGUCGCGAACUUCAAGAUUGAACCGCCCGGAUUGUUUUGCGGUCGCGGACAGCAUCCCAAGAUGGGCAUGCUGAAACGACGCGUUCAGCCCGAAGAUGUCAUUAUCAACAUUGGAAAGGAUGCGCCGGUGCCGAAACCACCCCGGGGACACAGAUGGAAAGAAGUGCGCCAUGACAACAGUGUCUCCUGGUUGGCCUCGUGGAACGUGCUGGGCCGCACAAAGUACGUCAGCCUCAACGCUAGCGCCAAACUGAGGGCCCAGAUGGACGUGCGCAAGUACGAGCUCGCCCGCAAGCUCAAGUCCCGCGUGCGUAGCAUACGACGCAGCUACGUGAACGGAUGGGAGUCGCAAGACAUCGGCGUCCGCCAGCGGUCCGUGGCACUCUACUUCAUCGACAAGCUCGCAUUGAGAGCUGGAAAUGAGCGGGAAGAUGGCGCCACUGCCGAUACGGUCGGCUGCUGCUCUCUGCGAGUGGAGCACAUCACGCUACGUGAGACGGACAGCGAGACUGACCCGUUUCUGGUGGAGUUGGACUUUCCCGGAAAGGACUCCAUCCGAUACGCGAACACGGUUCCGGUGGACGAGCGCGUCUUCAGGAACUUGGAGCUUUUCACGGAAGACCCUAGAGAAGACCUAUUCGAUUUGCUCACUACUGCUGCUCUGAACAAAUAUCUCAACAAACUCAUGGAAGGGCUGACUGCAAAAGUAUUUCGUACUUACAACGCUUCUAGGACAUUCCAAAAGCAACUGGAUGCCAUGACUGAAGAUGAUAUGUCACUGCCCGAGAAGCUGCUGGUCUACAACCGAGCCAACAGAGCAGUCGCCAUUCUGUGCAACCACCGACGAGCUGUUUCUAAGAAUUUCCGCAAGCAAAUUGAAAACAUCCAAAUGAAGAUAGAGAAGAAAGAAGAGCACAUUCAGAGGUGUGAAUUGGAAAUUGAGGAGCUCGAGUCUGACUGGAUUGCGUCCAAGUCACAAAAGAAAAAAUUGCAGUUGGAUCGCAAGCAGAAUCACUUAGCGAAGCUCGAAGAGCAGCUGGAAAAACUGGAACUACAAGCUGUGGACAAGGAAGAGAACAAGGACAUUGCCCUCGUCACCUCGAAGAUCAAUUAUAUCGACCCAAGAAUCAGUGUAGCCUGGUGCAAAACAUGGGAUGUCCCGAUCGAGAAAGUGUACAACAAGACGCAGCGGGAGAAGUUUCGCUGGGCCAUAGAGACGACCGACACCGAUUUCGAAUUUUAGAGCCAAGGUCCGAUUUUCUGCUUGGCAAAGCAAGAGAGCUUCAGAGCAGUUACAGCAAUUAGAACUUAAAAGUUCCACAACAACGGACAAACGUUCCCGGUGCAUGAACAAGUGGUGUACAGCCCAUAUGGGCAUCAGCAAAAUCAUUUCCAAGACACACUUGGUAAUCCCACAAAACUCCUGUC